ACUGACAGUGACUAUCCUAAUUUGGUGAAUUGCUGGGCAAGGGGAAGCGGUCCGAGAAAAGGCCCCAUUUCUGGUAAACAACUCGCCCAGGGCUGCUGAAAGCUGAAAAUAACCUACCGGUAUCUCCAAGAUUGGGGCUUUUUGCGUGUGGUUCUUCACUUCGCUACUAAAUUAUUCGCAGCAGUGCCAAAUAAAUUGUAUGGGUCUCAAAAACUGACAGUGAACAUUCUGAUGAAGAGGUUGGUUCGACUUUGGCGAUAGUAGGGGAAGAGUGUGUUGCUCCCUGCAUGGGAGCUCGCGGUUUUCCUACCGACUUGAAUUCUCACUUGACUGGCUCACGACUGCCAUCCAGCCCAGGCACACGAGAAGUCCAUCGAACCGUCCACUCGGCAAACCUGCAAGAAAGCACCACUCCCUGCUCAAUACACAGUGUUUCGGGGAAUUCACCCCUCAUCAGUUGAGCUUGAGUAGGCUGAGGAAGAUUGUGGCUGAAGAGCACCACCUAUAAAUAUAGUGCUCUCCAGGCACAAACAUCACCAGGGAUACAAACUUACAGAGACGCUCCGUUUCCAGCGCAACAAACACCUCGUGAACACCAGAUAGCAGCGUGAGUCAGUGUCGCUCAUGGAGGUGCUGAACAAGCGAUGAGGACCGUUGGCCAUUCACAACGUUGUUGCCUCCAAACCAUCUAAUUCGCAAGCCCGCGCUGGGGACAACAAUGUGAAGAAGAGGUUGGUGCGACUUCGGCGAUAGUAGGGGAAGAGUGUCACUGUGUGUUGCUCACGGUUUUCCUGCCGACUUGAAUUCUCACUUGACUGACGCACGACUGCCAUCCAGAGCACACGAGAAGUCCAUCGAACCAUUCACUCGGCAAACCUGCAAGAAAGCACCACUCCCUGCUCAAUGCACAGUGUUUCGGGGGAUUCACACCUCAUCAGUUGAGCUUGAGUAGGCUGAGGAAGAUUGCGGCUGAAGAGCACCACUUAUAAUUAUAGUGCUCUCGAGGCACAAACAUCACCAGGGAUACAAACUUACAGAGACGCUCCGUUUCCAGCGCGAUAUUCUGAUGUUGUUGAAUAGCUGGGGAAAGGUCAGUGGACUGAGAAAACAGCCACAUUUCUCUAUGUGCAUUGUGCUAGCGCUCUUUGCAACUAGCCGUGUUCUUCGCUCCGUAGCCCCGCUGCAGUGCGAUUGGGUUUGUCCCGACUCCCCGUGUACGUGUGGGUGACAACGGUGUCGCCUAGGUAUUAGUUGUCGUGCGACAGUCAGUCGUAUCGAUUUUUUCACUUUUCUUCUUGUCCUGAAUGAGAAAGGAGCUGAGUUUGGAUUUUGUGCAGUUUAGGAUAAUAACGGUUAGUCUAGUAUUUCUGAUGUGUGCCGUUCAGGCGGAAGAGGAGCUUUGAUGUUGGCUACGGUGCCAUGCUUUCUCCUGUUUAUAGUGGUCUGCGUAUUCGUCGUAGUCUUGCUAUCCUGGGGAACGGAGCUAGUUUCACUAGAGUCUGCUGGCACUGGGCCGCCUGGCCUGCUGGUGGUGUCGACCAGUCGCAUGGAGCAUUAUUUGAUCCGCCUGGAGCGCAGGCGAGAUUUCCUGCCUCGAGGAACUUCUUGUCCAACUAUGAGUGGUCUCAGGAAGCUGCUUCAUUCGCCCUGGCGAGUCAGGAUGGCUCGGCAAGACCCCAUUGCUCAAUGAGAGACUGUUUGGACCUCUCGCGGUGUCAUGGACGUCCAUGCACGUCCAUCCACGUCUUGUUCAACUCGUUCUGUGUUUUCUACACUUCCCGACCGGAGGAAGCGUGUAUAUUUAUUCCGUCCCUGGACACUAUCGACCGCGACAAGAGGAAUGAUGACUUUGUCGAGUCCGUUUCUCAGCUCCUGAAUGCUCUGCCGCUGUGGAAUGUUGGAAAGAACCACGUCUUGUUUCACUUGUUUGCCGGAAAGGUGCAAACACUUCACACUCAAGCAUGCAUUGAAGGUGCAUCAUCAAGAUGUGCAGUAUACGCUACGUUUCAUCAUCUUAAGGACACAAAUGACUACUUUCAGACCAGCCUGCAAUAAGAGGCAGAGGCAGAUUUAGAGGAAAAUUUACAGGAAGAAUUAGAGGCAUGUCGUACUGUCUACAAUCUUCCCUUGUCCCGUGCUGCACUGUUCGUGGAUACUGAUCACACUCUGACCACACUCCAGUAAGGUAAAGAUCUAUGUGUAGCACUCCGUGUUGUGUUGGUGUUGAGUUUUCACUGCUGCACUCGGCCAUGUCCUAGGCUGGAACUAGAUAGCUAAAAUGCAAUGGACUAUUCUUACCAAGCGGUUCCAAUCUCGCUGUGAUUUUUCCUGUGAAAUUGCC